AUGGGUAAGAAAAGCGAGCCUAGCAAUUUGAAGCCCGACAAUGGGAAAUCCCCGCAGUCGCAGGAAUGUCCCAAGGUACACGUGUCUGUGACUGUUGAGACGCCUCCAGUUACCAGCAAACAGAAUGUCGAAGUGUCGGUGGCCGCAAAGGUAAAGUUUUGCACCGAAAAGGCCUCCACACCGAAGUCUACUGCAGGGCCUGGGGAGGGUUCUGAACGGGACCAACCUACGUAUCCGGAGUGCACUGCUCCAGUAAAACCCGCUGCUCCAGUGAAACCCGCUGCUCCAGUGAAACCCGCUGCUCCAGUGAAACCCGCUGCUCCAGUGAAACCCGCUGCUCCAGUGAAACCAGCUGCUCCCGUGAAACCCGCUGCAGCCGUGAAACCCACGGCUGUUGUGAAACCCACGGCUGUUGUGAGACCCAUGGCUAUUGUGGAACCCACUGCCUCUGGUGCCGCUGAUUCCACUGAUUCCACCGACAGCAGCACGACGUCAGAUUCGAUUUCAAAAUUUAAGCACGUGGCGCACCAAGCUCGCCUCUCCCCGAUUCCCCUCAAGGUUGAUAAGCACAACGGCUUUCCCAUGGAAUUUGUCGGCGUGGAGGAAGACGAGGCAGAUUUGGACGAAACCGUCUCGACUGUCAUCCUAAGCGAUCCUGACGCGAGCGUAUCAAGUGAAGAAAUUCUGGCGGAGGAUACGUUUUCGGGUGGCUCGUCUCUCGAUCUGUUCAGUGAUCCUUUUGAUGAUUCCGAUGUGAUUAUCUCACCCACUAUCCUGGACUCGGAUGAUGAGUUUAAGUCAGGAAUGGAAGGACUUGGCGUCCCUCUAGCCCAAUCUAGCCCUAAGAAGGAUCCUUAG